AUGUCCUUCGCCAAGCUUUAUCUCGCGACGUACAACGCGUCGCUGAUCGCGGGUUGGCUCUCCGUCCUCGUCUUCGGUUUCUCCGCCCUGCGCGCCACCGGCGCCGCGUCCGUGUACGACGCGAUCGAGAAACCCUUGGUAUGGUCCCAGACCGCGGCCGUGCUCGAGAUCGUCCACGCUGCGAUCGGUCUCGCUCGCUCUCCCGUAGUCGUCACCGCGAUGCAGGUGAGCUCGCGUUUGAUGGUCGUCUGGGGGGUGUUAAUUCUCGCCCCGGAGUCCAGAACGGCUAAGAUGGGUGUCGUCGGGCCGUUGGAAUUAGGCGUUCCGAGCCUGAUCCUGGCCUGGGGCGUCACCGAGGUGAUAAGGUAUUCUUUUUAUUUUUUCAAGGUUGCGACGAAGGACGGUGAAGUCCCGCGAGCGAUUGUUUGGUGUCGAUACACGCUCUUCAUCGUGUUGUAUCCGCUCGGCGUAAGCUCGGAACUUUUCUUGGCGAAGAGUGGGUUCGCACAGUUGGUUAAGACGAACCCGUUGGCGUUGGAGAUGCCGAAUAAGUUAAACAUUGCGUUUCACUUUCCGACGUUUAUGGUGUUGUUCUUCCUCGGCUACGUCCCGGGUUUCCCCAUGCUGUACGGGUACAUGCUCGACGCCAGGAAGAAGGUGCUCGGGACGAAGAGUAAGAGAGAUUAG